AUGGGCUCUGGGAGCACGUCCUCCGCCGAGCUGGAUGCUGAAGCCGAGGUCGACGAGAGGGAGGUCAUGUACAUCCUCGUGCACGCCCUCCUGCACGGUCCCCUGCCCCACAUCGGGGAGCAGCUUGCGCGCGAGGCUGCGGAGCGUAACCUCCUCCCCGUUCGCUACGACUUCCAGGGGAACCGGCACACCCCCAGCCUUGAGGAGCUGGGCCGCCGGCAUGCCCACCUCCCUGCCGAGUUCCUGACCCACGCGCUGUCCACGCUGCACGGCCUCAGCCGCAUGCGCGUGCCCGCCCUGACCAGCUCCGGCAUCACGUCGCUCCUCGACCGGCCGCCGCUGAGCCUGCUGCCACCGGGCCUGCCGUCACCCGCGCCACCACGGGCCGCCGCCUUCCACCUCCUGGACCACCGCCGGCGGCGGCAGUGGGCCCGUGGCGAGCGCGACCCGGCCCUGGGGCUGCGCCUGCUGGCGCGGGAGACGGGCGAGAGCCGCGCGGCGCAGGACCCGCGCGCGGCGGAGGCCUCGUGCCUCACGCCCUGGGCCUUCCGCCGCUUCAAGACGCUGCGCGGGCACCAGAGCGCUGUCUACUGCACCGCCUUUGACGCCGGGGGACGGGUCCUGGCCUCCGGCGCCGACGACUGCCUCGUUAAACUGUGGAGCACCACCACCUGCCUCCUCCAGGCCAGUUGCAGGGGGCACACGGGCGAGAUCACAGACCUGGCGGUCUCUCGGGACGACACGCUGCUGGCCUCCGGCUCCAUGGACAGCACCGUCGUUGUAUGGAGCCUGCAGGACUACCCCGACCAUGCCGUGCUGACCGCUGCCUUCAGCCCCUGCGGGCACCGCCUCUUCAUCGGAAGCCAGGACUGCACUGCGUCUUGCUGGAGCCAGGCGCCGCAUGUGGAGGCGGGGGAGCCUGAGACGUGCGAGGCGCUGCCGCCGUCCUUCCACCCCUCUGACACGGUGGAGGUGCAGCGCGGCGCCGUACAUCUAAUCGCGUUCUCGCAUCGCGGCGACCGCAUCGCCAUCGGCACCAAGGCUGGCCACGUCGAGGUGUGGCGUGUCAAUGACAGGCGGUCGAGGAAGGUGCGGAACGGCGAAUGGACGCGGGAGCAUCAGAUUUCGCUGCCAUGCACGGAGGAGCAGAGUCGCCAGGACGAGCGGCGGGGCCUGCCAGGCCUUGCCGUCAACCAGUUUGCAUGGAACUCGGACGACACCUGGCUGCUGGCGGCCUCCUCCCGCCGCAUCGUGUCGGCUCACAGCAUUGGCAGCCGGGGCAACACCCCCCACUUUCGCCACUUCCCUCCCCUGCAACCUAAGGCCGGCGAGGACGUCCCCAGCCAUUCGGGGGCGAUCCAUGUGCUGGAAGCCCAUCCCAGUGAACCCUCCAUCUUCCUCUCCGCCUGCUAUGGCGGGGAUGCCAUGCUGUGGCGUCUGGACGGGGGCGGCACACCGUUCCUGUGCUUCUCCAGUCUAAUGUCGAGACCUGGAGCCCUGCAGUGGGAGGCUGCGCUGCCCUACAUUGAGGGCCGGUUUGCGCCGGAUGGGGAGAGCUUCUGCCUGGCGGACGCCUGCGGCCAAGUGCACCUCUUCUCGACAUACCGGCGACUGGACCAGGGCAUCCUGCCACGCGUACCCGAGGACCAGUUCUUCACCACAGACUACAGGCAGCUGGCGCUGACUGAGGACCGGCAGGUCGUGGACGCCGCCCUCAACCGCCCUUUCCACGAGCUGGCGCUGGAGCGGGUGCUCUGCGACGCCAGCAAUGUGAACUAUGACGAGCGUAUUCAGGACGCAUUCCGCGAGGGUCGGCUGUCAGCCAUGCCGGAGGCCCAGUGGCAGAAGCUGAGCCACUCGCAGUCUGCCUCCUACGCCUAUGUGGCGCCGCCAACCCUGGCCGCCGGGUGGCUGGUUCAGCAGCGGGGUGGGCAAGAGACCGAGACGGCGGAUGCCAUGGCACGGGUGGGCGCCAGCCUGGAGGCGUAUUACGUCAGUUGCCCAGAUCUUCUGCGGGAGAUGGUGAGGCCCAAGUACCACCUGGACCUAUGGGAUGUUGACCCGCCCAGCGAGGACGAGGAGCGACUGCGUGGCGAGGAGGAUGCACGGCAGAGGGUGGCCGCAGAUGGAAAUAUAAUUGUGCACAGGGUGGUCGGCAUCAGCUACGUUAUCGAUGAAGACCUCGGCUACACCGCCUGCGACGUGCGAUUGAGAUUGGACGCCAGCCCCUACCGAUCCGACACUGAAGACCCCAGCCAGCCCCACCAGCCACCCCCAUACGAGGGCGAGGAGAUGACGGUGCGCCUUCCUCACCCGGACCGGGAUAUGGAGGAGUUUGUGAUUUUGGCACGUGACUUUGGACGGAGCCUGAGCCAACACCUGGCCAUCGGGGACACCGUCGUGGUGCGUGGAGACAUGGGGUCGUGUGGGCGGGGGUUCUGGAGGGAGGCCGUGGAGGAGGAGGAGGAUGCCCAGGGGGCCCUGGCCGGUGCCAGGACCCCCAGCCGGGACCACACCGAGCCGAGGGGCCAGUACUGGAAAGGAAUAGUGGUGGAUUUUGAUGAUCAUAGACCAUACAUGCACAACCAUCCCUCUCCCUUGGAGCCCUUCCACCUCCGCGACACCCUCCUCUACAACUCCGUCCGCGUGACGUGGGAAGAUGGCCAAGGCGGUUCGGGCGUGAAUCUCGAAGACACGGGGCUGGAGGAGGGGGAAGCCAACACCACACGCUCCUGCUUCUGGGAGCUGGACACCUGGGAGGACUUUGUCGGGGAGAGGCGGCUGCGUGACCGGCAAGCCCUGGUGGUGGAUGCGGAGAGGCACAGGGCACUCAAGGACCUCCUUCCCGGGUCUCGAGGCAGCAGAGCCGCCAGCGACGAGCUGAUGGAGCUGCCGGGCCAGGACGUGCAGUUCGUGUCGGUCCGGGGGACGGCAGAGUUUUACAAUCGAGUGGUGCGCCUGGGUGGGUGCACCGAGCUGGUUUCCUGGGAUCCGGGUGCAUCCAACCUCGCUCCCAGGCUGGCAGGCUCUGGUAGUCAAAGCACCUUGACCAAGUUACGGAAUUGA